AUGAUCCAGGAGUGCGACAUUUUCGUCCCAUUCGUUCUCGUCAGAAGCUACGCUCCACUCCAUCUCAUCCCUCUCGUCUUUCCUAGCGGCAAGCAGCUCUUCUUCGUCCUGGCCAUUCCAGAGUUUGAGGCUCCAACAAAGGAGAUGCGAAAGGCGGUGCCUCAAAUGAUCGAGCUCAAGAGGCACACUGCCAAUUGCAGCCAGGCGGCGGCGCUGGUUGCGGCUAUCCUGGGUGGAAGCGCUACUCUCCUCGGCGAAGCUCUCGCGUCCGACACCAUUGUGGAGCCUGCGAGGAGUCCUAUGAUACCGGGGAUGGCGGCCGUGAAGAUCCAGUCCAUGAAACAGGGAGCUUACGGGUGCACGAUCAGUGGUGCCGGUCCGACCGCUGUGGCUGUCACGGAUGACGAGAGCAAGACCGAAGCUAUUGGUGCGAGCAUGGUGCUGGGAUUCCGCAAGCAUGGAAAUCUGCGAGCUGGCUAUUCGGUUCAUAAGCUCAGCAAGGACGGGGCUAAAGUUGUCGAGAGUUUGGAUUUCUAGUUGAUAUAAUGAGCUCAAGGCUCCUUUGCAGAUUGAAGUUAAUGAAGUUUCUUAAACCUUCACAUUC